AUGCACGAAAGACUGCAAAAAGCCCCUUCCCCACUAACCUUGUGCCAAAAACCCCCUUCUAGAACCCCUUCUUACGUCGUGUCGCCCCGUCUCAGAGGCUUGAGAUCCCUCCUUCAACUCAAGCCGGCGCACCGGAUGGAACGUCCGGGAGGUGACGGAGCCACAAAGGCACAGAGUCACAGACAGGCGGGCUGCGCUUCAUCAACUCGGACCCGGGCAACUCUAGGCCCGGUUCAUCAAGAAACGGCCCCAGUGUUCCAGAACAAGCUUGUCGAAGUUCUGCUUUCCCCCCACAUGCCCGCCAACUUGACCAACACUAUCCGUAACACUAACACCGAAGGACCUCACCAUGGAAAGCCACAAUCGGAAUCGGCACCCCGCCUCGACCGCAACAGCUCUCCAUCAUCUCUGCCACCUCGUGCGGGUGGCGGAUACUCCGGCCAUCUGUCUGUGACUGGCAGCUGCUUUAAACACAAUCCCUUGAAGGGAUCGGGAUCCUGGGAAGGCCAAGUCAGCCACACGCUGCACAGCUCCGCUUCCUGUCUGCCAAAACGCGACCCGUUCGCGUUGGCCGCCCACCUUCAAGAUAAAUGCGGCAAACGAGAAACGCGAAAAGAAGAAAAGAGGACGUUGGUGUUUCCAACGCUAGCGUUUCGCCGUUUCUGCCUAGCCUUUAGGCGAGUUUCUUCCCUCACUACGGGCAACGAACUAGAACCGAAUGGUGAUCGUCGUGUACUUGGUCUAGCACGUCACGAGGUACGGACGCUCUGCCCCCCCUGA